AUGAACAUAGUGCUCGAUUUUAAAUCGGUUUUGCUGUUUCAGCUAUUUUAUCAAAUUCGAAAUACCAGCUGUAGUUACCAUAAAUCCUUUGACCAACAUUUGGAUAGUCAAUCUCAAGAAAAUGACUCUGAAGCGGAUGAAGGAGAAGAGUACCAUCACUAUAAGACAUCAAAUCGAUAUCACAAUUAUGAUUUUGAAAAAGAUAACAAAAUUCCUUAUAAUUAUGAUGAGUGUAAUUCGUGUGCUUGCCAAAAAUGCGAUAACCCGCCCGAUUGUUGUAAAGAAGUGUGUAAAAGUUGUUCGAAGCCUUCAGAACGGUUGUCAGAUAUACAGAUGAUGGCAUUAUCCCAAAUGCCACAGUUAUCUAUGGCAAUAUCCCCGGAGUCACCAAUGACAUUACAUCAGAUGCUCCAAAUGUCAUUAGGACAAAAUUCAAUGUCAGAAAUGCAAAUGCCUCAAAUGCAGGUUGCACAGAUGCAAAUUCCGCAGAUGCCGAUGCCUCAAAUGCAAAUACCACAGAUGCAGUUACCAGAGAUGCAAGUUCCGCAGCUGCAGAUGCCGGUGAUGCAGAUGUCACGGAUGCCUUCGCCAGGACGCCAAUUUUCAUUUUCUGACCAGGGCCUCAUAUAUUUCCCAUUAUCGUCUAAUUUAAUGACCUUUUUAAAAAACUACUCACUACCAGAGCUAACAGAAUCUAAGGCGCAGCAAAUUGAUAAUAUUUCUACUACUGACAUAAUUUCAGCCACAAAAACGGUCACAACUAUUUCAAUACCUACAGGUGAAACGCAAACCACGACCCAAAUUGCUGUCAGAGCUACAACUAAAGAAGAUACAGAGAUUCACAAGACACGCUUAAAGCAGAUAGAAACUAAGAAUAUGUUAGAAGCAGCAAUUAAAAACGCUCUGAGUGCUUUGUCAAAUAAUGUGAGAAAAACUGAAGACAAAUCGAGUAGCCACUACAACAGAUACGUGAUGGCAUCGGCGUUAAGAAAAACUAAACCAGUUAUCUCAAAGAUAGACUCUUUAAGGUUUGGCAAUUUGCCUAUCGCAAACAAUAUGGCUGAGAGCCUGAUCCUUGAAACUCGUAAUGCAAAAGGUAUAAGACCUUGA